UACCGAGCUACAGUUGCUGUCACCUCUAACCUAGCUCAGCUGAUCGGUUGCCGCCGCCGCCGUCGCCAGAUUCCAGAGGCGAAGAACAAGAAGCUGAGAGACCAGAAAUGGACGUGAAUAUCGCCCCGCUCCGAGCCUGGGACGAUUUCUUCCCGGGCUCUGACCGCUUCGCCCGGCCGGACUUCAGGGACAUUUCUAAAUGGAACAACCGCGUAGUGAGCAACCUGCUCUAUUAUCAGACCAACUACCUGGUGGUGGCUGCCAUGAUGAUUUCUGUUGUGGGGUUCCUGAGCCCCUUCAACAUGAUCCUAGGAGGCGUCGUGGUGGUGUUGGUGUUCACGGGGUUUGUGUGGGCAGCCCACAAUAAGGACGUCCUCCGUCGGCUAAAGAAGCAGUACCCCACGGCCUUCGUCAUGGUGGUCAUGGUGGCCAGCUACUUCCUCAUCUCCCUGUUCGGAGGGGUCAUGGUCUUUGUGUUCGGCAUCACUUUUCCUUUGCUGUUGAUGUUUAUCCAUGCGUCUUUGAGACUUCGGAACCUCAAGAACAAACUGGAGAAUAAAAUGGAAGGAAUCGGUUUGAAGAGGACGCCAAUGGGCAUUGUCCUAGACGCCCUAGAGCAGCAGGAAGAAAACAUCAGCAAAAUCACUGACUACAUCAAUAAAGUGAAGGAAUAAAUAUAGUUGACGUGGUAAUGGGGCUGCAGGAGAAAUCAAAUUGCAGCUUGCCCUUGUCCAGACCUACUUUCUGUUUGUAUUUUUGAAAUCGGAGGUGCACGUACCAUCCUGCGAUGCAUGUGUAGGCCAAACUGUUAACAUAUCUGAUGUUACAGAAGAAAGCCUCAGAAACCAAAAGAAACCACCCUCCUAGUAUGUCUGCAGUUUCAACUACAUUUAUGAAAACUGAUAGGAAAUGAAGCACACAUAUCUUUAGGGGAAUAAAGAAAAUAAAAGAAUUGUGCCUAUAAGCAACAAUACUGUUGUCUUAUAGGAAAAAAGUAAUUGUAAAGUGUCAAGGUGAUAUGCGUAAAUGAAAAAGACUGUUAAAGUAGAUGAUGUCACCCAUUAACCUGUUUAAUCCUCAUCCAAAUAUAUUCCCCAGGGUUAAUAGUAUGUGGGGUAUAAGUUAGCUUAGUUUUUAUUAUCCUUUUAAAAUCAAAGAUGACCUCUGUCACUUUGCCUCCUGUUUGACAUGCAGUGGAAACUGGAUAAACCAGUUGUUUAUAUUUUGUUUACAAAUAUAAAGAUAGCUGUUUAGGACAAUAUUUUGUCAAAUUUUUGUAAAUUUUUGAAAUGCUAGUGAUGUGUUUUCACUAGCAGGUAUUUCUUGCAAACUGAAUGUCAUCUUCCUUGAGGAGGUUGCAGCUAUGUAACCUGUAUUGUUCUUUACAGUCUUGUUUAAACAAACAAAAUAAAGCAAGUUCUGUUUAUAUUACACAUUUUUUGUGGUUAUAAUGACAAACAGGUGUCCAAGGUAAUGUUUCCUAUAUUUUUUUCAUUGUUGAGUUUUUAACUGGAAUAUUUAGAAAGAAGAAAAUGAAUGUGCAUUUUAUUAAUUCUCUAGGGGCACAGGAGGACAAUAAUAGCUGAUCUUUUGAAACCUGAAAAGCAUCCCUAGAUGACCAAGCAAAAAAGACUUUUAAAAAUGGGAAUGAAAAUGGAGUGAUCACUGGCUUCUGCAGUUCAUAAAUAGUUUAGAUAGCAAGUGUUGCAACCAUAUGUUUUUAUAGACAUUAGAGUUAAGAUAGCAUGUGUUUAUAUAUUCUGUUACUUUCUUCCUUUCAUUUCCCAUGUAUUUAGAAAUGGAUUAUACAAAGUGUUUUGCUUGCCAAUUGAGUCAUUUCACAGAUGAAUAGAAAACAUUUAGGUUUCCUUACAUUGAAUUAUGAAGACAAUUGGAGCAGUACUUCUUGAAGAGACUCCCUGUACUAGAAUAAGAAGCAACAGCACAUGCUGCUCCUGAUUUUUAUUGCAUUUUAAUUUCUCAGCCAAUCGGCAGCCUUCAUCUCUAGCACAGUGAUAUCACGAUGACUUCGUAGACAUGGUCUAGGAAUUGUAUCCUUACUCGAAUAUGAAGAAUAAAAUUUAUCAAAGGUU